GUUGCAGUGGAAAUCAUGUUGACUCACGCUGUAUCUGCUUCGACUUUGCCACUAUUCUGAGAAAUCCCUCAUUUCUCUCUCCUUCUCUCUCUCUCACUUGUUCACUGUUCACUGUUCACUCUAUCCCUGCAAUAAACCACUCACACGCUGCCACCCCUUUAUCAGGCACAGACAUUUUGGCAUAGCUUCUGCAACUUUAGUUCAUCUUUACUAAUGGAAUCUUGGAGUUACGCGUCAGAAGAGAAAAGCUAUUUGUUUUCAGAUGAAAUGGAUUUCCCGCUGGAUGCUUAUAUGAGAAGUAGAAGACCAAUGGUUGAAUGGGACAAUAAAGCCUCUUAUAUCUUUGAGAAAGAUGGGUUUGUUUCAGAUAAAGAGGUAAUUAAAAGCGUGGAGUUUGUAGACUUGGGGUUUCCUGAUUUGUUCAGAAGGCCUGUUCAUGGUAGCCAGCCACCGGAAGCAUCAAACUGUGAGCAUGACAGUGAUUCUAGUAAGAAAAUUAAUUCCUCUACACAUGUUAUAGCUCUAAAUUCACCUUUGGGUGAAGUAGAAUCUGAGUCAAGGCAUUCAUGUUCUCUAGUUGAACCUAAGAUCCAUGAUUCUUCACUGAUUGAUUUAAAGCUAGGGAGAGUAGGAGACUGUAAAGAUGCAAGUAGUGAUAAGAAUGACAAUGAGGGGUUCGCUUUUCAACCUAUGUAUCCAUCCACGCUUACAAAGAGAGCUCGCACUUCCAGCUUACCUACCCAAACACCUGUUUGUCAAGUUUAUGGUUGUAGCAAGGAUCUUAGCUCCUCAAAAGAGUACCACAAAAGGCACAAAGUUUGUGAUGUUCAUUCCAAGACAGCCAAAGUUAUUGUUAAUGGAAUUGAACAAAGGUUUUGUCAGCAGUGCAGCAGGUUCCAUUUGCUAGCUGAGUUUGAUGAUGGCAAGCGCAGUUGUCGUAGACGCCUUGCUGGACACAAUGAACGUCGAAGGAAGCCUCAGUUUGAUUACAUCUCUGGUAAACCACAGAAGAUAAUGCAGUCAUGUCAAGGUACCAAAUAUUUUGGGGCUUCAUUGCAGAAGGGACCCCAGUUUGCCUUUCACGACAUGUUUCAAAGUGGCAUUUUUCACUCGGGAAAGUUUGAGCAAAGCAAUCAGAUUGGACACAUCAAAUUUGAAGAUGAAUCAAUUUACAGUUCUCAAUUUGCAGUACCCAUAACAAAUGGUCAAGAGUUAUCCAGGGCCUCCAACUCCAGCAGUUGUGCUCUCUCUCUUCUGUCAGCUCAGUCACAGGAUCUAACACGCUAUUCAGCUGGUUCCCAUAUAUCUCAAGGCAUCUGCACACAGCACAGUGGUGGCCAAGUUUCUGAUACACCUUUUGGGAUAAGUUCUCUGGAUAAAUAUGUGCCAAGUCAGUCUUUUUCACGUGAGAUAAACUCUAUGGAAGUUACCCAGAACAGACCCAUGACGCCUUCUGAUGUUGGUCAUGCUCUUCAACUUGAAGUCCAUGGAGAUGAUACCUACAAACCAUCAGAUAUGUUAAAUGCCAAGUAUCGUCCUCCUGUUGAACAUAGCUCCACUGUUGAUCUGUUCCAAUUAUCAUCACAUCUUCAGAGGGUGGAGCAGCAAAGAAAUUCUCUUCAAGUGAAGCACGAAAAUGAGGACGGCUGCUUUUUUCCAACCAUGUGAGGACUGAGGGGAUUGUAAGCUUAGUGUCAUUAACCGAUCCAUUUUAUCGGUAUCUUUAUUGUCAUAGCCUAGUAUUUAGGACUAUUUUCUCAAUGAAUGACAUUCGUUUUAGUAUGUCAAGGGAAGCUAGGAAAACUAUAGCCAUGGUGGUUGAUGUUCAAGUAGAGGUAAAGGGAAAUCAAGAAAUAGACAUCUAUCUCUAAUUGUAUAGCACAGAUACCACUGGCACAGGAGGAUCUAGUCUUUUGUUUGACAUUUACAAGCAAAUGUAGUUUCUUUUUGCCUGGGGUGGCUAUCCAAUAUUGAAACUCUAGCCCAACUAAAAAACAUGUCAGUAUGUCAUUUAUUGAUA